UGUUAAAAGAUAAUUCAUUAUUUAUUUAACAUUUAGAAAAUAGGAAAUAAAUUAGAGGUUCGAGAAGGUUAAAAUAUCACCCGGAUGUAUAUAAAGACUUGCUCUUCAAACUUGCGCAAUACUGAAGUGCGAUAAUACCUCUCAUUAAGUGAAGUGUAAAUCAUGUCUUCGAACACAUUAAAACAAAGAAUACUUGUCUGUGGGGGAGGAAAUGGUGCACAUUGUUUAUCCACGUUAGCUGCCUCACAGAAAAAAUCAGAGGUACAUGUUCUGACUUUAUUUCAAGACGAGGCUGAACGUUGGACAAAACUGUUGGAGGAUUCCGAUGUAAAAUUGACAAUAACCGAUCUAGAUGGAAGCCAGCGAGAGCUAUUUGCAAAGCCAACCCUGAUAACGAAGGAUUCAGAAAUAGCGAUGGCUGGUGUUCAAAUCAUUUUCCUUGUCGUUCCAGCUUUCGCUCAUGCACAAUAUUUUACGGCUAUAGCACCACACCUUCAACCGAAUACACUGAUUGUUGGGCUUCCUGGGCAAGCUGGAUUUGAAUUUCAAUGUAGAAGUAUACUAGGUAACAAAGCGAGCACGUGUACUAUAGCAUCAUUAGAAUCACUGCCGUGGGCGUGUCGUAUAUUAGAAUUCGGUAGACACGCUCAAAUCCUUGGGGCAAAAGAAUCUUUAGGUAUAUCCUACAUUAAAGGAAAGUCGUGUAAAUUACCCUUUCCAGAAGUCGAGUCCAUUCAGGAAAUUCUUGGUAAAAAACCCAUAAUUGAAAAAAUACAGAACUACAUUGCAAUCAACUUGAUGGCAAAAUCUAUGGUCCAUCCUCCCAUGCUAUACGGAAAAUGGGGAGACUGGGAUGGAAAACCUUUACAGAAAGAACCAUUAUUUUAUCAAGGUAUAGAUGAAAGACAAGCAGGAUUGUUAUCUAAAGUCAGUGACGAAUUGUUAGCUACUGGGAAAAUGUUGGAAGAACUCAAAGAAGGCAUAGACAUGUCACAAGUAAUACAUAUUUUUGAUUGGUAUAAAACUUACUAUACAGAUCAAAUAACUGACAAAAGUUGUCUAAUGAUGGCCAUGAGAACGAAUAGUGCGUAUGAUGGACUUGUUCAUCCCAUGAUUAAAACUGAAGAGGGCUACAUUCCAAAUUUCAAUCACCGAUACACAACCGAGGAUAUUCCAUAUGGUCUUGUUGUAAUGAAGGGCAUUGCUGAAAUUGCCGGAGUAGAUACUCCCGUCAUGGAUGAAAUUAUUGCAUGGGCACAACAAAAACUAGGCCAGGAGUACAUCGUGGGAUCGAAGCUUUCAGGGAAAGAUGUUGACACAGCCAGAGCACCUCAGUCGUAUGGACUAAAAACAGUCGAUGAACUUUUUGAUACUUAAUGACCAUUGAAUUGUUAAGUUUUCGUGUGCCAUAAUGUUAAUUAAUUUAUUUUAUUUUUUUAUAGGUAAUAUAUUUUAUGACCAGUAUCAUAUUUUUUGUUUAUGCUACCCUAUACAAAAACAUAUUACAUUUUUAUUACAAUAGAUUAUAGUAUCUUAGCAUUAACAGACUACAUGUAUAAUUAUUUAUGUAAAUCAGCAUCAAAUUCCCUCUUUCUUGAAUUUAAUAAUUGCAAAAUGUUUGUGCAAUACUAUGCUUAUGGUAAAAGGAUAAACAAGUAAUUAUCAGCCAAUCUGCAUUACUUUCUUAGUUGCAAUGGUAAUGGUUUAAUAUCCGAGCUAUUUUCAUAUUUCCUCUAUGUGCUACAUGUAUAAGUUGCGGAUUGUUAUUUGUUAUACUUGGGAUGUUGUAGUUAUCUCCCUUGUAUCAGAUAUUUUAUUAAAGUUUGAUUUUAGAAUA